GCUUUUCUUUAUAAUGUAAUCAAAACGUCCUAUGAAUUUUUCAUCAUAAAGUCUUCUUUUUCUAUUUCUUUGAAUGCCUCGUGUGUGUUUCAUUGGAAGUUUUUAGCUUGUUACUUUGUUGCACAGUAACUUGUUUAAAUUUCCUUAGAUCUCUUUUCUCUCUUCUCUUUGUUUCUUUUUUUGGGAAUUUCCGGUCUCCUGCAGCUCAGCUGCAUUGAAUAAGUUUUAAGUUGUUUGUUUUUUGUUUUCUGUUUUUUGUAUUUGUUGAUUUUUGGUUUGUUUACCCAGAGGUUGUUUUGAAUCUUUCUCUUCUCCCUAUAAACAAGAGGACUUGUCAACGUCUCUCGCACCCAAUAUCUUUCCUUCCAUUUUCCAAAGACGUCGAGUUUCUUGAAGAGAAGUCUAACGACGUUGUCUGUGAUUUUGUGAUAUCUUUUUCUAUCCUGAAGACGACAUGCUGAAUUUGGACAACAAGGAAAAUGAGGUUCCUUUUUUCGCUAAAAAGGAACCAGAAUCCCCUCCUGCUCUAUACAGGGUACAGCGUCCGUUGUUGCGUCGUCCUUUACAGGAACUGAGCAUUGAAAUGGUCCCUCCUCCUUCUUCUACUUCUGGAAAAGGAGUCGUCGAGUCUCCUAAAAAGGCGGCGAAAAAGCCCUUGGCUCCCUCGCAUGGUUUCCACCCUUAUAAGAUCUCUACCAAGGUGUUACCCCAUUCCUCUCAUACUCACAAGCAGCCUCUUAAACAAAAGAGUUCGAAUAGGUUGAUGUCUAUGCGCUGAAGCGGACUUGUCUUUUCUUUACCCCUCUGCCCCUCUGUGGUUCUCGCUGGAACUAAAUACAUGCUUCUUAUACUUAUUCAUUACCCUCUGUCAUUCCCAUUCUAUAUCCCGUCCUGUUUACAGUAUCGCUUUAUCAAGUAUUAUAUACCAUGAAGCAAUGUAAUAUCAUUUGCUUCCGUUGAAUGGAAUUUGAACUGUCUGGAUGGUAUCACAAAGUGACUUGUGAUGCCCCUCUAAAACUAUUGCUAUGAAAUCAUUUCUCUUGAUCUUUCUUUUAUUUUACUUGAACCGAACCGAAUGUGUGAACUCUAUGAUCGUAGUUAUUUUGAUUCGUUAUAUACUGGAUUUAUCAGAGUACCGUUCACUAAUAUACAGAUUCACCGAAUCAAUAAGGUCUUGAUCUUUGGAAACCAUUCUCAUGGUUUGGAGCUCUUCUUCUUUUAAUCACAAUGAGGCCCUCACCCUCAUACCUAUGCGAUGAAUCUCUAAGAAUGAACACAUUCGCACAAUUAUUGCUAUUCUUUUCUCUUCGCUUAUUUUAAUCCAAUUCUAUUCGUAAUUAAUCUGAGCAAGUAACUGUUUGUUCUGUAUUUAUUCUCAUUAGGCACUUUGUUCAAUUCAUGACCAUAGAUUCUACUAUUAGGAA